GUUGUGAACGAGAAGCUGGCGCACUGCACGCAGCUCACGGACCUGAUGAGGAGCCACCUGAGUGAGAAGCACAGCUUCAGGCUGGAGUGGAUGAUCGUCGUCCUCAUCACCAUCGAGGUUCUGUUUGAACUGGCAAAGAUGAUCUUCUGAACCGCUGCACGGGUCUGGAGAACCAUCAGAACCUUCCUCAGAACUGCUGCUGAGCCAUGUGGACCAUCGAACCACUGAAGCAGCUUCAUCAUUUUAAUAAACGUCUUGAUGAGAGCCGGUUCUGUUCAACUGACUUUUUGUUGUGAAUGUUGUACAUUUUAAUAAA